AUGGCCCCGCCCCGGCCCGCCCCCGCGGGCGGCCCCGCCGGAGAUUUAAAGCGCGGCCCGGGGGCGGGGCAGGUCCAAGCGCGGUCCCGCCCGGCGCCUUCUCUGCGGAGCAGCGGCCAGAGCGGCCCGGCCAGCGGCACGGCGCGCGGGCAUCGGGCGCGGGGCGCCGAGCCACCCACGGCGUGGCCGCCUUCCCGCACCGCCGCCCGGCCCUGCGGCCACUCCGACCGCGGCCUCACGCCUGCCGCCGGACCGCAAAGCCCCGCUCUGUCCCGCUGCGUGCCCGCUCUGUCCCGGUUCUGUCCCGCGGAGUCCCCGCUCCGUCCCACUCCGACCCGCUGCGUCCCGCUCCGUCCCCGCUCAGUCCCCUAUCCGUCCCCCUCUCUGUCCCCGCUCCAUCCUCGCUCCGUCCCCCCUCCGUCUCUCCCUCUAUCCCCCCACUUUCUCGCUCCGUCCCUCCCUCUGUCCCCCCUCCGUCGCCCCUCAGUCCCCGCCCGCCGACCCCCGCGAUGCCGCGCGGCGCCGCCCGGGCGCUGCUCUUGGCGGUGGUCCUGGGGCUCGGGGCGCGCGGGGUGCGCGGCGCGGUGGCGCUUGCCGACUUCUACCCUUUCGGCGCGGAGCGCGGCGACGCUGUCACCCCCAAGCAGGAUGACGGCGGCUCGGGUCUGCGGCCGCUGUCCGUGCCCUUCCCGUUCUUCGGUGCCGAGCACUCCGGACUCUACGUGAACAAUAACGGGAUCAUCUCCUUCCUGAAGGAGGUUUCUCAGUUCACCCCAGUGGCCUUCCCCAUCGCCAAGGACCGCUGCGUGGUGGCAGCCUUCUGGGCGGAUGUGGACAACCGGCGAGCAGGGGACGUGUACUACCGGGAGGCCACCGACCCAGCCACGCUGCGCAGAGCCACGGAGGACGUCAGGCGCUACUUCCCCGAGCUCCCGGGCUUCUCCGCCACCUGGGCUUUCGUAGCCACCUGGUACCGCGUGACCUUCUUUGGAGGCAGCCCCUCCUCCCCCGUCAACACGUUCCAGACUGUGCUCAUCACGGACGGCAAGUUCUCCUUCACCAUCUUCAACUAUGAGUCUAUCACAUGGACCACAGGCACGCAUGCCAGCAGCGGGGGUGACUCCAGUGGCCUGGGGGGCAUCGCGGCCCAGGCCGGCUUCAAUGCGGGUGAUGGGCGGCGCUACUUCAGCAUCCCCGGCUCGCGCACAGCGGACAUGGCGGAGGUAGAGACCACCACCAACGUGGGCGUGCCCGGGCGCUGGGCGUUCAGAAUCGAUGAUGCCCAGGUGCGCGUGGGGGGCUGCGGCCAUACAACCUCCGUGUGCCUGGCCCUGCGCCCGUGCCUCAACGGCGGCAAGUGCAUCGAUGACUGCGUCACGGGCAACCCUUCCUACACCUGCUCCUGCCUCUCAGGCUUCACGGGGAAGAGGUGCCACCUGGACGUGGAUGAGUGUGCUUCUGACCCCUGUCGGAACGGGGGGACCUGCACACAUGGCGUCAACAGCUUCAACUGCCAGUGUCCAGCUGGCUUUGAGGGACCUACCUGUGAGACAGCACAGUCUCCAUGUGAUGCCAAAGAGUGUGAGAAUGGUGGCCAGUGCCAGGUGGAGGGCAGCUCUGCAGUGUGCGUGUGCCAGGCCGGCUACACGGGUGCAGCCUGCGAGACGGAUGUGGACGAAUGCUUCUCUGGCCCAUGCCUGAAUGGAGGGUCGUGUGUUGACCUGGUGGGGAAUUUCACCUGCCUGUGCACAGAGCCCUUCGAGGGACCUCGCUGUGAGACAGGAAGCCACACAGGGCCCGACGCCUGCCUCUCAGCCCCUUGCCAGAACGGGGGCACCUGCGUGGAUGCAGAUCAGGGCUACGUGUGCGAAUGCCCCGAAGGCUUCAUGGGCCUCGACUGCAGGGAGAGAACCCCCGACGACUGUGAGUGCCGCAAUGGUGGCAGAUGCCUGGGGGCCAACACCACCCUCUGUCAGUGCCCCCCAGGCUUCUUUGGGCUCCUCUGCGAAUUUGAAGUCACAGCCACGCCCUGCAACAUGAACACACAGUGCCCGGAUGGGGGCUACUGCAUGGAGUAUGGUGGGAGCUACCUCUGCGUCUGCCACACCGACCACAACGUCAGCCACUCGCUGCCCUCACCCUGCGACUCGGACCCCUGCUUCAACGGAGGCUCCUGUGACGCCCACGAUGACUCCUACACGUGCGAGUGCCCGCGAGGGUUCCACGGCAGGCACUGCGAGAAAGCCCGGCCACGCCUGUGCAGCUCGGCACCCUGCCGGAACGGGGGCACAUGCAAAGAGGCAGGCGGCGAGUACCACUGCAGCUGCCCCUUCCGCUUCACCGGGAGGCACUGCGAGAUCGGGAAGCCUGACUCAUGUGCCUCGGGCCCCUGUCACAACGGUGGCACCUGCUUCCACUACAUCGGCAAAUACAAGUGCGACUGUCCCCCAGGCUUCUCCGGGCGGCACUGUGAGAUAGCCCCCUCCCCCUGCUUCCGGAGCCCAUGUGUGAAUGGGGGCACCUGCGAGGACCUGGGCACGGAUUUCUCCUGCCACUGCCCAGCAGGGUACACAGGACGCCGGUGCCAGGCGGAGGUGGACUGCGGGCCCCCUGAGGAGGUGAAGCAUGCCACACUGCGCUUCAAUGGCACCCGGCUGGGCUCAGUAGCCCUGUACUUGUGUGACCAAGGCUACAGCCUGAGUGCCCCCAACCACGUCCGAGUCUGCCAGCCGCAGGGUGUCUGGAGCGAGCCUCCCCAGUGCCACGAAAUCGACGAGUGCCAAUCCCAGCCGUGCCUGCACGGGGGCUCCUGCCAGGACCAUGUCGCUGGGUACCUGUGCAUCUGCAGUGCAGGGCACGAAGGAGCCCACUGUGAACUCGAGACGGAUGAGUGCCAGGCACAGCCCUGCAGAAAUGGAGGCUCCUGCAGAGACCUGCCUGGCGCCUUUGUCUGCCAGUGCCCCGAAGGCUUCACUGGGGUCCACUGUGAGAUAGAGGUGGACGCCUGCGACUCCAGCCCCUGCCAGCAUGGAGGCCGGUGUGAGAACGGCGGCGGGGCCUACCUGUGCGUCUGCCCAGAGGGCUUCUUCGGCUACCACUGUGAGACAGUGAGUGACCCCUGCUUCUCCAACCCCUGUGGGAGCCGCGGCUACUGCUUGGCCAGCAAUGGGUCCCACAGCUGCACCUGCAAAGUGGGCUACACGGGCAAGGACUGUGCCAAAGAACUCUUCCCACCAACGGCCCUCAAGGUGGAGCGAGUGGAGGAGAGCGGGGUCUCCAUCUCCUGGCGCCCACCCGAAGGCCAGGCCGCCAGGCAGAUGCUGGAUGGCUACGCAGUCACCUAUGCCUCCCCCGACGGCUCCUACCGCCGCACGGACUUUGUGGACCAGAGCCGCUCCUCACACCAGCUCCGGGCCCUGGCAGCCGGCAGGGCCUACAACAUCUCUGUCUUCUCAGUCAAGCGCAACGCCAACAACAAGAACGACAUCAGCAGGCCAGCGGUGCUGCUCACCCGCACGCGACCCCGCCCUGUUGAGGGCCUUGAGGUCACCAAUGUGACAGCCAGCGCCAUCUCAGUGCGGUGGGCUCUGCACAGGAUCCGUCAUGCCACCGUCAGCAGUGUCCGCUUGUCCAUCCGCCACCCUGAGGCCCAGGAGGACCAGUCCACUGAUGUGGACAGGAGUGUGGACAGGUUCACGUUUGGGGCCCUGCUGCCAGGAAGGAGAUACACCAUCUGGGUGACUGCCCUCAGUGGACUCGGGGCACAGGAGCACCCCACUGAGAGCCUGGCCUCAGCCCCGCUGCAUGUGUGGACCCGGCCUCUGCCGCCAGCAAACCUGACCGCCACCCGAGUCACAGCCACCUCUGCCCAUGUGGUCUGGGAUGCCCCCACUCCAGGCACCUCGCUGGAGGCGUACGUCAUCAACGUGACCACCAGCCAGAGCACCAAGAGCCGAUACGUCCCCAACGGAAGGCUGGCAUCCUACACGGUGCGGGACCUGAUGCCUGGGCGGCGGUACCAGCUCUCGGUGACAGCCGUGCAGAGUGCGGAGGGCGACCAGCUACACAGUGAGCCUGCACACCUCUACAUCAUCACCUCUCCGAGGGACGGUGCCGACAGACGCUGGCACCGGGAGGGACUCCACCCACGGGUGCUCAGAAACAGACCGCCCCCCGCACGCCUGCCGGAGCUGCGCCUGCUCAAUGACCGCGGUGCCCCUGAAACGCCAACCCAGUCCCCCAGGUUCUCAGAGCUCGUGGAUGGCAGAGGACGAGUGAGUGCCAGGUUCAGUGGCUUGCCCAGCAAAUCAGUCACUGUGAGAUCGCAACCCACAGCUCUGGUGCAGCCUGAGAACGCGGAGGAGGCCCCUGAGCAGGUCAGCCUGGCCCCCCAGCUCCCCGAACGCGGCAGCGACAAGGACAUGGAAAAUGUCCCCACGAACUGCUCAGAAAACCCCUGUCGGAACGGAGGCACCUGCGUGCCUGGUGUGGACACCCACAGCUGUGACUGUGCCCCAGGCUUCAAAGGCAGACGCUGCGAGCUUGCCUGUAAAAAGGUGCCCCAGCCCUGCACGCGGCUGUUCUCGGAGACAAAGUCCUUUCCAGUCUGGGAAGGAGGCGUCUGUCACCACGUGUACAAGAAGGUCUACAAAGUGCACCAGGACAUCUGCUUCAAAGAGAGCUGUGAGAGCACAAGCAUCAGGAAGACCCCAAACAGGAAACAGAGUAACAGUGCAACACUGAAGAAAUCUUAAGGACUCAGGACGUUCUUGUUACACUCCAUCAACUUCAUGAAUUUCGAAAGCCCAAGAAGACGAGGUCUAAAAUCGAAUUGAAAAGGACACCCCGAGAGACAAGGUCUUGGCUUGAGUCAGUCCCCUCUGCGACUGCUCUCCUCCAACCUCUAGAAGACAGACGGCUAGACCAGGCACUCACCAGCCCACCGCCCUGCCUGGCCACAGCCAGGGAGACUCCUCCAGACCCAUCACCUCCAACACCUGUGCUGUAACCCAGGCUGCGGCUUCCUACAGGGGCCGUCCAUCCACAGCCAGAGUGUCAGCCCGGGAUUGGCGAGGCUGGUAGGCGAGCCAGUAACACUUCUGCAACGUUCUGAAACCAGUGCUCAGACUCCAAGGUCAGAGGAAGAUUCUGCCUGAGACCUAACAAUCAAGUUGAGGAGGAAGUGCUAUCACCAGCUUUUCAGCAGAGACAGUGGGGCUGAGAGAAGGGGCAGAAAUGAGGUGACACAGACAGGAAAGCCAAGUUUAGACGCAGCUUCCCCCGGCUCUCCUCCACCAGCAGAUUAUUCAUGCUGACAGGUUGCAGGCUAGUGAUCCAGCAUGUGGAUCAGUAGAUUUUGAAUGAGAAAAUGUUAAUACUAAGAUUGAGUUUAGACACUUUUAGUCUACGCCUUUUUCUGUAAAGGGUCAGACGGUAAAUCCCUUUGGCUUUGCGGGCCAGAUGGUCUCUGUGGCAACUACUCAGGUCUGUGGUCCUAGCGCAAACGCAGCCACAGACGUGACUGAACAGGUGUGGCUAUGUUCCAAUAAGGCUUUAUUUACAAAAAUGGGGGUGGGGGCAAGUCUCAUGGGCCACACUAGGCUAGCCCCUGGUCUUAUGAGGUCACCCAGGAUUAGGCUGUUAUAGAGAGGAAGCCAUCCCCCGGAUGACAAGUCACACCAAGCCAUCAAGGACCCCAGAGUUUCAUGGAAGUGCUACACAAACCCCGCUUGGAAAGCAGAAGCAGCCCCUGCACCAGGUGCAGCAAGGGCUCCUCCUCACACGUCUGGACGCAGCGAAGAUGGACAGCUGGGGCGGGCUAUGCUACAUAACGUUUAGCAUUUCUUUUAGUCCACAACUCAAGUAAUAACUGUUUUAGGCUAUCAGGUAGUAAGCACAGUCUUUCCAUCUUUACAAGCAGAACACGGCAUCACCUUGCCACAUCCGCUUUCCAGCACACUUCUAAACAGCUCUAUCCUCUCCCUGCAAAAGAGAUUAAAACCAAAGAAAUCACCCUGCCUCAUAGCGUGUUGAACAUUUUUAACAGCUGAUCCAAACUGGAACUCAAGCCCCUGUAUGUCUUCCACCGGCUCUGCUCCAAGUCAGCAUUACAGCCACAGAAAGGGCGCCUCCCUUUCAUCUUUUAUAAAAACAUUUUUUGAAGAGUUAAGAGUAUAUUUUAGGCUUUUUAUUUUUAUUAAAACUUUGUGUGCGUAUGUCUGUGUAUUAUGCAAUUUGUCAUUUUCAGAAAGGAAGAACAGUCAUUUCAAGAAGUCUCUACUGUACUCCAGAAUGUCCCAGUCUCCAAGGCCCACCUGGAGAAGACGGCAGAGCCUAGUCAAGGGGCUCCAAUGCCGGGUGAAUCAAGAAAACCAUGGACAUGUACUGCUGGCCUCUGCAGCGUACCAGAACCUGUCGCUGUGCGUCGGUGUGAGCUAUAGCAUCACCAACAAAUGGCAAGAUCAAGUGAUAUCACUGGAAAAGUCGAUGGAACUUUCUACUACCAUGUUAAUAACCUCAAGCCCCUCAGCCAUGAGGCAAACAUGUUCCAGUUUUUAGCCUAGAAGCAUUUGUUUCUACAGAACAAUCUACUGAAUCCUGAGCUUGGUGCUGUUAUCGUAUGAUUAACCAAUUCUGAUGUUUUACAGAUUAAAUAUCUAGUAAACAGACUUCUUGAUGCUAAAAGAAUUACAAUUCAUCCUUGAAACAUUCCACAUGAGCCAUUGCUUUUCUCACAUGGCUCCUUCUUAAAACUCUGAUGUCAGGGCCAGCCCUGGUGGUGUAGCGGUUAAGUUCAGUGUGCUCCACUUUGGCAGCCCGAGUUCAGUUCCCUUGUGUGGACCUACACUGCUCUGUUAGCAGCCAUACUGUGCUGGUGGCCCACAUACUAAAAAAAUAGAGGAAGAUUGGCACAGAUGUUAGCUCAGGGCUAAUCUUCCUCAGCAAAAGAAAAAGAACUCUGAUGUCUUCCUCAAAAAUACUCAAAGUCCACCCAAGGAAAUUAUUAAUAAUGGAAUCAGAAAACUGUGAGGGGAAGAAACAUUUAUUCCUGUGUGAAAAUGAAAGGAAUAAUCAUGAGUUGCUGAGUUACCCAUUUGCUAAUCAAAACUUGGACGAACUGACCACCUAAUCGAGCACAGAUUUAGGAUUCUCCUUAGUCCCCCGACUGGGCACAAACAAAAUCCUAGGUUCCAGGAAAAGUGCUGGUCACUUGGAUGCCACAAAAUGGAAAAGUGAAAACACUGGCACAGAGUGAAAU